UUGUGUAGCCGUGGCUGUGAUCUGAGCAGGGUGAGGGCUGACAGUGCUGUCCUCCAUGUUUUAAUAAGCAUUGACAUAUCACACAGAGUUUUUAGCCAUGCAUCCACAGAGUGUGGCAGAGGAAGAAGGAAAAGAAGCGGCAACAAAGGAAAUGGAGAUCUCAACACGAUCCAAAGUUUCAGAAACAGGGUCAGCGGAGCGGACGGCCCAAAAACGAAAGAUGCCAAGUCCCUCUCACUCAUCCAAUGGUCACUCCUCUGCUGAAACUUCUCCCUCUCCAACAAAAAAGAAGAGGAAACCAGGUGCUGUCAGCAGUAGCAAAGACCAGUCAGAACUAAGACAUGGUCCCUUUUACUAUGUGAAGCAGCCAGCACUCACCACAGACCCUGUUGAUGUUGUACCGCAGGACGGAAGGAAUGACUUCUACUGCUGGCUGUGCCACCGCGAGGGUCAGGUGCUCUGCUGUGAGCUCUGCCCGAGGGUGUACCACGCCAAGUGCCUCAAACUACCAGCCGAGCCCGAGGGCGACUGGUUCUGUCCGGAGUGUGAGAAAAUAACUGUUGCCGAGUGCAUAGAGACUCAGAGCAAAGCCAUGAUGAUGCUAACUAUAGACCAGCUGUCUUACCUUCUAAAGUUUGCCCUUCAGAAGAUGAAACAACCAGGUGAUCAUCCCCGCUUGUCAUCUCGCUCCCCCCAUGCAGCUUCCACGCAGAGAAAGACUUUUAAUUGGACUGAACCCUUCCAGAAACCUGUCUCUCUGGAACAGCAUCCAGAUUAUGCAGAGUACAUUUUCCAUGCGAUGGAUCUUUGCACACUUGAGAAGAAUAUCAAAAAGAAAAUGUAUGGCUGCACCGAGGCCUUCCUGGCUGAUGCAAAAUGGAUUUUGCACAACUGUAUAAUAUAUAACGGAGGCAAUCACAAACUCACAGCUACGGCUAAGGUUAUUGUCAAAAUCUGUGAACAUGAGAUGAACGAGAUUGAAGUUUGUCCUGAGUGUUAUCUGUCUGCUUGCCAGAAGAGAGACAACUGGUUUUGUGAGCCUUGCAGUAACCCUCACCCUCUUGUGUGGGCCAAACUGAAAGGAUUUCCAUUCUGGCCCGCUAAAGCUCUGCGAGACAAAGAUGGACAGGUGGAUGCUCGUUUCUUCGGUCAACAUGACAGGGCAUGGGUUCCCUUGAACAACUGCUACCUUAUGUCAAAAGAGAUUCCAUUCUCUGUGAAGAAGACCAAAAGCAUCUUCAACAGUGCCAUGCAAGAGAUGGAGGUCUAUGUGGAGAACAUGAGGAAGAAGUAUGGCGUGUUUAACUACGCCCCCUUCAGGACACCCUACACCCCCGACAACAACUUCCAGAUGCUGCUGGGUUCCUCCAACCCCUCGUCCACUCCAGUCAAACCUGAGAAACAGGAGAAAAUCAAGCUGAGCUUUGAUAUGACAGCUUCACCCAAGAUUCCUGUGGCAAGGACCAUGUUGCCUGGGACUGGGGUUGGAGUGGGAGGUGGAACUGUUAGUUGUCGGCUUCCUCUGAGUGACAUGCCUCGCUCCCCCAUGAGCAGUAACUCCUCUGCCCACACUGGGUCAGAUGGAGAGCAGGAGACAGCGGACAAGGCACAGGCAAAAACCCCCAACAGUCAGCACAGUGCAGGAGAAGAGUCCAUGGACUGUACAGCAUCACCUGUCCAUUCUCACCUUGGUCCUGCAGGCAGUUCAUUGGACAGCCCCAAACCAUUCCAUGCUCAAGCUCCAACCAUCCCCAAGAAGGAGAAGACACCACAGACUGGAAGCAUUCUGAACCUCAAUUUAGAUAGGAGCAAAGCCGAAAUGGACCUAAAAGAGCUUAGUGAAACAGUUCAGCAGAAACAAGGAACCACGCCAGUCCUCACAUCUCCAAAAAGACAGAUUAAGAGCCGUUUUCAGCUGAAUUUGGACAAAACCAUUGAAAGUUGCAAAGCACAGCUGGGUAUAGAUGAGAUCUCUGUGGAUGUGUACAAAGGUGUGGAACAAAGUGACUCCGAUGAGUCUGAUAAAUCCGACUCGAGUGACAGCGAGUAUGCCAGUGAUGACGAGCAAAAGACCAAGGAUGGCCAGGACGCAGCCUCCAAGGAGGACACCCCCAAAAGUAAAGUCAAAGAGCAGACUUCCUCAAGUCAAGAUAAGGAGGGUAAAACUGACACACUUGUGGCAUCCAAGUGUGACGACACUAUGACAACAACAACAUCAGAUGCUCCGGCUCAAGAGAAAAUAAGCAUGGACUCAGAAAAAGAGAGUCCAGAGAAGACCAAAGCACUUCAAACAUUACCUCAUCCUGAGGAGAAGACGCAGAUGAGAGAAGAGUCAAUGCAGCCUGUGCCCGUGGAUGAUUCCGACUCAGAGAGGGAGCUGGUUAUUGACCUAGGAGAGGAACAAGGACGCAAAGACAGGAAGAGGAGCAGGAAAGACACCACCACUGUGAAAGAGGCACCUGCAGGCAAAGCCCUGACCCCAUCUCAAAACAGUGCUGCACUCUCCAUACCCUCUACUGUUUCCACGCAGUCCCCAAUGGCCAUUUCUGUCACCAUGGUCCCCUUCACAGCUCCCUCUCCUGCAACCAUAAGCCUUGCAGCCAUGUCCAGUGCCACAGCUUCUCCCCCUUCUUCCUCCUCCUCCUCCUCUUCAGCCUCCACCACCCCAGCGUUGAAGAAACAGCGUCCUCUGCUGCCGAGGGAGACUGUGCCAGUGGUGCAGAGAGCUGUGGUGUGGAAUCCCACUGCCAAGUUUCAGACAUCCUCACAAAAGUGGCACAUGCAGAAGGUGCAACAACAAAACCAACAACUUGUGGCAACCACCCAAAGCCAGGUGACAUCACCCAGGCAAAGCCAGGGACAAGUGCUGACCCAGACACAGGCUGGGAACGCCUCAACAGCCGUGUCCUCAUCUUCAGCACAAAGCACACGCUAUCAGACCAGACAGGCUGCCAAAGCUGUUCAACAAAAAGACACUCUCAGCACAAACACAUCUGCUGUCACCCUGGUAUCCAGUAGUCCAGCUUCUGUUGCCAUGGUGGCAGCAUCAAGUCUGAGCACAGCUGCUUCAUCAUCACCAGUGGCGACAGACCAGUAUAUCCCCACCGUCUCUGCAGAUGUGGCUGCAGACAUUGCCAAGUACACAAAUAAGAUAAUGGAUGCGAUCAAAGGUACAAUGACUGAAAUCUACAAUGACCUUUCUAAGAGCACUUCAGGAAACACAAUAGCAGAGAUAAGACGAUUGCGAAUUGAAAUAGAAAAACUACAGUGGCUGCAUCAACAAGAGUUGUCCGAGAUGAAGCACAAUCUCGAGCUGACAAUGGCAGAGAUGAGGCAGAGUCUGGAGCAGGAGAGAGAGAGGUUGGUCACUGAGGUGAAGAAACAGAUGGAGCUGGAGAAGCAACAAGCAGUGGAUGAGACAAAGAAGAAGCAGUGGUGUGCAAGCUGCAGGAAAGAAGCCAUCUUCUACUGUUGCUGGAACACCAGCUAUUGGACCCCUGUCAGCAAGCUCACUGGCCUGAACACAUGAAGUCCUGCACUCAGCCACAGCUCCACAGCAGGAACCUGAGGCUGAGUGGACAUCAGACCUGCCAAACAAAGGGUUAGGGCAGACUAACAGUGGCCCAAACCCUCACAGAGACAUGCCCGUCUCUGCACCUUCAGAUGAAGACUGCGACUUGGAAAAAUGUGCUGACAGUGUCUCAGUCACUUACACAUGCAGCCAGUAAUGGGCCUGGGUGGAUCAGACCCAUUACCAAAGACCCAAAGAAACUAUCAGAUACAAAAAUCAAAUGUUAGAAAGGGAUAAAUAUAAACCUGAUUUAUUAACUUGAACCAUUGUUAACCAUUGAAACGAGUGGUCGGACACCUGGGGAAUGCAAUUGGUGUUGCUUUGGGUCACAGACACGCGAGUAGUUGGUUUUUCAGUGUUAAUGACACAACGUUGCUUAACGUUACUUAAAAAGAGUUGAGGAAGAAGAUACAGAGCCAACCCUGGCGCCUCCAUCCAACGAGCUGACCCAGCCCAGUUCAGACACAUUAACUCAGAAGAAAGUGUCCAGCAGCCCCCGGCAAAUUGCUCCAUGCUGUCGGUGUCCUCUCCCGGUCAGGCUGACGUGGGUUUACCCGCCGAUUUAUCUGCAAUUGAUGAACCACCAUCUAAGCAGCUGCGUGUGCAUUUGCUGUUCUUCAUGAGCUGUUUAAUGGCACUGAAGCUGCACUGGCUGUAAUGAAUGCACACAUGAUAUCACACAUGUCCUGUAUCCCUUGUGCAUUUAUUGCAGCCAUUGCGGACAGCUCGUGAAUAUCAGCUGCUUUCGUGUUAUUUGUGAGUUGUCCAUGGUUCUGAAGCUGCAAUGACGCAUCUGUUGUAUCUCAAGAACAGCGUGUCAGUUCAAACAUUAUCUGCUCUUUAAGUUUAGGUUUAUUGUUGUGUAAUAAAAUGAUUCAGUUCUGUGCACAGUAGAGCCGAUGUGCUGCUGGUUCUGCCGGCUUAAAGAUUGUGUGACAGCUUUGUUGUUCGUUUGUACUUAAAUUUUUACUUUUUCUGUGACAAGAUGGUCUGCCCACUUUUGCCCUUUGGCCCGCCCAAAUAAAUAUUUCUGCCUACAUCGCUGCUAUAAUCUCAUUUUGUCUAAGCAUUAAGCAGUAGUGUUGUUCGGGUACGAACAGAACUGAAUCACUUACUGAAUUCGUUCCUCUCACAGUUAAGGCCGAGCUGAGCUCUGUUGUGAGACAGUGGGCUGCAGGGGCGAUUCUAGAGUCUGUUGGGGCCCCAUGCAAAAAUUCCCAGGGGGCCCUUCCGACCAGUGUUCAUCACCACUAUGUUAUAAAUAAUCUGACACGGUUUACAACACUUCUGCAGGGUCUUCCGAUGUGGUCAAACCAGUUGUAGUAGCAGGUGAUGCAGCAUGAUGAGGGGUAGGAGUUUCUGUCCUGCUGGAGAUGGAUGUUUCUGAAACUGAUGUGACAAAAACAAACAAAAAAAACAGUAUAUAUUUUUACAGUGCAUAGUAUAUGUUGUAAAAUGUAUUGAUUCAUUAAACUCACAGUCAGCGCUA